GCCACUUCUUUCAUCAAGGUUUCCGGCUGAACAAAAGCAGCUUGCGGGUGAGCUGUUGGAAUGGACUGUACCAUUAUUACACCAACUAUUAGUGAUCUUAUUUAUAUUUGUGGUUAUCUCAAUAAUUCAUCCCCAUCCAAACGAUCUCGAAAUGAUGGCUGGUUUCCUUCGAGCUACCCUUUUGCUGUUGCCCCUUGCGUCAUUUUCUUUGGCCUUUCUGGCUACCCCCAACAGAAUUCCCAACCAUGUUCUUACUACUCGACAACCUGCAUCUUCCAGGCUCUUCAUGGAGACACCCCAACCUGGUUCUGUGGUGACCAUUGAAUGCUGUCUUCGACCCGAAGGUGAAUUCAUCCCAGAGACGCUGAUUGAUGGUAUUUGCGUCGAUGACUAUGACAAACCCAAGUCGCUCUCCUUUGUACUGGGCGAAGGAAACUAUUUGCCAGGACUACACCAACUGGUAUCGACCAUGACCGUGGGAAGUUCGGCUGAAGAAACGCUCGAUGCCGGGUGGGGCGAACGCAAUCCCGCCCUCGAGGCAUGGAUUGCUUUUGCCGACAUGCCCAAUAUUGACAAUUCACAAAUCAAGGAGGGAGUCCAAUUGUUGCUCGCCAACGGACUAAAGGCCAUCGUAACAGAAGUGGUGGCCGACGAAAAGUUCAAAAUUGAUGCCAAUCCACCUUUGGCAGGUGCCGCUUACCAGGCAUCGGUCAAUCUUUUGAAAAUGGAAGAGGGACCCGAAAUUACCGAAUAUCCACAUGCCACCAAUUCGCGCUUUCAAGUUGCCACCAUUGCCUUGGGCUGCUUUUGGGGCGUGGAACUCGAGUACAUGCGAGAACCAGGGGUCGUGGGUUCCGCUGUGGGAUAUACUCAGGGUGACAAGGAAAACCCAACCUACAACGAAGUAUGCUCGGGAACAACAGGACAUACCGAGGCGGUCUUGGUCAAAUAUGAUCCAGAUGUGGUGUCCUAUGAUCGGUUGGUUCAUUUGGCCAUGGAUCGAUUAGGCGAAAACAAAUAUCUGCUCAACCAAGUGGGAAAUGACAAAGGAAGCCAAUAUCGACAUGGGAUCUACUAUCAUUCGGACGAACAAAAGGAAAUUGCCGAACAGAUAAUACAAUCGUACGGGGAAGGAUGCAAGACGGAAUGUUUGCCUGCCAGCAAAUGGUGGCCAGCAGAAGACUAUCAUCAACAAUACUUGCUCAAGGGUGGACAAAGCGCCAAAAAGUCUGACAAGUCCGUUAUUCGGUGCUAUGGAUAACUAUAGUUAUCACAAUUUGGUGAAUUGCAUCCAUCCAUCCAUCUCUCCGCAACCAACAAAGCUAAUGUUGCCAGUUUUGAAGUACAGUGUAUAGCCAAAAAUUACUUACUGUAGAAACUAUCAUAGUAUCCAUUGCGCGUGAAUCCACCAUCCACACUAAUGACUUGCCCGGUAAUGUAUCCGGCAAUGGGCAAUGCCAAAAAUGCCACCAAGCCUGCCACCUCCCUGGGUUCUCCCACGCGGCCCAUGGGAGUCCGUUCCAAGACACUAGCCUUGUAGGCUUCAUCUUUGAGUACUUGUUGUGCGAGUUCGGUGUUGAUGUACCACGGAGCAACGCAAUUGACGCGAAUGCCAUCCAAUCCCCAUUCGCAGGCCCAGUUUCCCGUCAAUUGAUUCAUGGCGGCCUUGGUGGACGAAUAGGGCGUUCCCGACUUCAUACAAGUGACUCCGGCUACACUUCCAAUGUUGAUUACACUGCUAGUAGUACCGGUAGCAGCAGGGAGUGCCGUAGAUUGAGAUUGUGGUCGUGUCAAGAAUUUGUGACAUGCCGUGGUGAGGGCAAAAAAGCUGAAAAAGUUGGUUUGCCAGACAAAUUCAACGUCUUCGGGGGUAUAAUCGACCGAUGCUUUUCGAAUGUUGGUUCCGACAUUGUUGACGAGUACAUCGAGUCGUCGUCCUUGCAACCACUCCUCAAUUUUCUGACAAAAUGCCGUUCGCCCCUCGGUGGUGGCCAGAUCGGCUGUCACCCCUUGCACAUUCCAUCCCUGGUCGCCCCAUGUCGCCAAGCAUUGGUCCAAAUCUUGCUGGUUGCGACAGCAUGUAAAGACGUUUGCACCCAGAGUUCCUGCCAAUUCUUCCACACAGGCUUUGCCAAUGCCUUUCGUUCCACCAGUGAUGACGACCGUGGUUGCGGGUGGUAAUUUCCAAGCAUCCGAUAAGGAAGAUGCCAGUGGGGUGUGGGGUAGAAGCACCAGCAGAAUAGUUGCCAGCAGCCAAAUAAUGUUCUGCAUUUUUGUCCAGUUUCUCAUUAUCUUUGCAAUUUCAGCGUCUUGUUGUCUACUCCUCAUCUCUCUUACUCGAG